GAAUUCAUUUUCUUUGAAUCUCCUUGAGUCAUUCUCAGUUCAGACUCCAUUUCAGAGCCUAAAAAGAAAACAAAAAAGAGAGAAAAAAUUUAGUAUACUUGAACAAGAACCAUAAAGAAGAAGAAGAAAAAGAAGAAGAAGAAGAAGAAGAAGAAGAAGAAGAAGAAGAAGAAGAAGAAGAAGAAGAAGAUUUUAGUGAUUAUCAAUUAUUAUUGAAUUUAAAAUCAAUAAUAAUAAUGGGGAGAGCUCCUUGCUGUGAGAAAAUGGGGUUGAAGAAAGGUCCUUGGUCUCCUGAAGAAGAUAGAAUUUUAACCAAUUUUAUUCAAAAUCAUGGCCAUAGCAAUUGGCGAGCUCUUCCUAAACAAGCUGGUCUUUUAAGAUGUGGAAAAAGUUGUAGACUUCGUUGGACAAAUUAUUUGAGACCUGAUAUUAAGAGAGGCAACUUCACUAAAGAAGAAGAAGAUGCCAUUAUCAACCUACACGAAUUGCUUGGCAAUAGAUGGUCAGCAAUAGCAGCCAAGUUGCCGGGUCGAACGGACAAUGAAAUCAAGAAUGUUUGGCACACACACUUGAAGAAAAGGCUGGAAAAAAACAUAAUUAAAAAAACAACAGCUCCAAAAUUAUCUGAAAACAAAAGAAAAAAACAAAUAAAACCAUCAAACUCUUCUUCAUCCAUUGUUAUUGAUAGUACAAAUCAAACCCAAGUUCCCAAUUAUUCCUCAACAACAAUGUCCCCUUCUUCACAACAAUCUUCAAGUUGUGAGAUAUCUUCAUCACUCACAGAUCAUACUUACAUGACUGAAAAUGAGUACUACAGCUACACGGUCGAGGACGCCAUGCCGCCAAUUGACGAGAGCUUUUGGUCUGAUGUGGUCGAGAAUUCGAUGACGAAUUCCAAUUCAGAUUCGAGUUCAAAUUCGAAUUAUGAUAGUGAAGAGAAAAGGGAGGAAUUCCCACCGGUGUCCAUGGAUAUGACGGAAACAAAUUCGGAUAAGAGAUUACAUGGUCAAUGUGUUGUUGAUGAUGACAUGGAAUUUUGGUACAAUGUUUUUGUCAAAGCUGGAGAAAUUUCUGAAUUGCCAGAAUUUUGAAGAUCUUUGGAACUUAUUCCCAUAUCAAUGGAAAUUAAAAUAUUUUCCACAUUUUAAUUGAUAAAA